GCGCCCUCUGCGCUGGGAGCCCUGAUUGGCUGAGGGCUCUGAGGCGACAGAUUCCGGAACGGGGAAGAGCAGCCAACAUGGCGGCGGAACGCGGCUCGGGGCAGCAACAGUCGCAGGAGAUGAUGGAGGUCGACAGGCGGGUCGAAUCCGAGGAGUCAGGGGAUGAGGAAGGGAAGAAGCACAGCAGUGGCAUCGUGGCUGACCUGAGCGCUCAGAGCCUGAAGGACAAAGAGGAGCGCAGCGAAGAGGACCCAGGAGAGGAACAAGAGCUGCCUGUAGACAUGGAAGCCAUCAACCUAGACGGUGAUGCCGAGGAUGUGGAUCUAAAUCAUUACCGAAUUGGAAAAAUUGAAGGAUUCGAGGUGCUGAAGAAAGUGAAGACUCUUUGCCUCCGUCAGAACUUAAUCAAAUGCAUUGAGAACCUGGAGGCACUGCAGAGCCUUCGAGAGCUGGAUCUCUACGACAACCAGAUCAAGAAGAUGGAGAACCUGGAGGCGUUAACAGGGCUGGAGAUUCUGGAUAUUUCUUUUAACCUGCUGAGAAACAUCGAAGGCAUUGACAAGUUGACGCAACUAAAAAAACUCUUUUUAGUCAACAAUAAAAUUAAUAAAAUUGAGAACAUAAGCAACUUGCAUCAGCUACAGAUGUUGGAGCUGGGAUCCAAUCGCAUCCGGGCAAUCGAAAACAUCGACACAUUAACCAAUCUUGACAGUUUGUUUCUGGGGAAAAACAAAAUUACUAAACUUCAGAACUUGGAUGCACUUACCAACCUCACCGUCCUCAGUAUGCAGAGCAACCGGCUGACCAAGAUCGAGGGGCUGCAGAGCCUGGUGAACCUGCGGGAGCUCUACCUCAGCCACAAUGGCAUCGAGGUCAUCGAAGGCCUGGAGAACAAUAACAAACUCACGAUGUUGGAUCUUGCAUCAAAUAGAAUCAAAAAGAUUGAAAAUGUCAGCCAUCUAACAGAGCUGCAGGAAUUCUGGCCAGGAUCCAUCUGACGUCAGCAGUACUAUCGCUGGUUCCACACCCUCUUCUGAAUCUGGCUUGAAUUUCCGGCAGUUCCCUGUCGAUAUACUGCUGCCACUGCUUUUGAAUGAUCUUCAGCUGUAUUUUACUUACGUGUGGUGUUAGUGAUAUUGCUUGGUAAUUUCCAUGUUUGGUGGGAUCACCUUUCUUGGAAAUAGCCAUAAAUAUGGAUCUCUUCCAGUUGGUUGGCCAGGUAGCUGUCUUCCAAAUUUCUUGGCAUAGACUAGUGAGCACUUCCAGCACUGUAUCUGUUUGUCGAAACACCUCAGUUGGUAUUUUGUCAAUUCCUGGAGCUUUGUUUUUCACCAAUGCCUUCAGUGCAGCUUGAACUUCUUCCUUCUGUACCAUCAGUUCCUGGUCCUGUGCUGCCUCCUGAAAUGGUUGAACGUCAAACUAAUCCUUUUUGGUAUAAUGACUCUGUGUAUUCCUUCCACCUUCUUUUGAUGCUUCUUGCAUCAUUUAAUAUUUUCCCCAUAGAAUCCUUCACUAUUGCAACUCAAGGCUUGAAUUUUUUCUUCAGUUCUUUCAGCUUGAGAAAUGCCAAGCAUGUUCUCCCCUUUUGGUUUUCUAACUCCAGGUCUUUGCACAUGUCAUUAUAAUACUUUACUUUACCUUUUUGAGCCUCCCCUUGAAAUCUGUUCAGCUCAUUUACUGCAUCAUUUCUUCUGUUUGCUUUAGCUACUUGACGUUCAAGAGCAACUUUCAGAGUCUCUCCUGACAUUGAUUUUGGUGUUUUCUUUCUUUCCUGUCUUGCUUUCUUCACGGAUGGUGUCCUUGCUGUCAUUCCACAGCUCCUCCGGUCUGUACAGUAUAGUGCUGCUAUAAACAUGCAUGUACAAGUGCUAGUCUGAGUAUCUGUUUUAAAUUCCUUUUGGCACAUACAUAGGAGUGGAAUUUCUGGAUUUAGCAACCACUUAUUGUUAAUAAAAGCAAAACAAAAACUUGGUAAACUGGAAAUAGAAAGGAACUUCUUCAAUCUGAUAAAUAAUGUCUUUUAAAAAGCCAUAGCAAAUGUCAUACUUGAAAGUGAAACAUUGAAAGUAUUUUAGGUAGUUUUUCCUAUCACUUCUAUUCAGUAUUGUAACUAACCGCUGCAAUAAGACAGAAGUCAAGAGAACCUGAAGUUACAAAAGUUUUAUUGUUUGCAGAUGGUGAUGAUUGUUCGUAGAGAAUACCUCAAAAAAUACAAUUGAUAAGAGUUGACUAAGAUUGCUGGCUGUAAGAAUGCUAUGCUAAAGUAUAUUACAUUUUUAUACAGCAGCCAGAAAAGAAUUUCAAAAUGUAAAUUUUUUAGAAGGUGUAUUUUAUGAGAGCAACAAAAGUAUAAGGUACCUAGAGGGUUAACCAAAAACCAAACCUGUUACCAUCGAGUGAUUCUGACUCAUAGCAACCGUUUAGGACAGAGAAUUGCCCCAUAGGGUUUCCAGGGAGCAGCUAGUGGAUUUGAACUGCCAACCUUUUGGUUAACAGCCGAUCUCUUAACCACUACACCACCAAGGUCUCCCCUAGAGGGUUAAACCUGUUUUAAGAGCACUGCUCUGCUGUGGUAGUAGACUAUGCCAGGCAAAGGCAAGCACAGGGAGGCCAGAGAGAGGCUGUCAUCCUGGCAGGAGGCGGCACCAGAGGCAGUGGUGCAAAGAGUUUGGAUUCUGUACAUAUUUUGAAGGUAGAGGAUAGAAUUCAAUACGAAAUUGGAAGUGGAAUUUUAGGAGAAAGAAGGUUCAAGGAUGACACCUAAGUUUUUGGCCUGAGCAACUGGAAGGAUGGACUUGCCAUUAACUGUGACAGGAAGACAGCAGGUCGAUCAGGGAUGGGGAGGAUACCUGGAGUUUUGGGUGACCUUUGAAGUGACUGUUAGCCCCCUGUGAUAGGCUGAAUUGUAUCCCCCAAAAGAUAGGUUAAGGUCCUAACCCCUGUGCUUGUGAACAUGACCUUGUUUAGAAAUAGGAUCUUUCUUUGAAGAGGGUGUCAGUUAAAUUAAAGAGGUCAUGCUAGCAAGUGGGUCCUAAUCCCAUCUGAGUGGUGUCCUUGUACAAGAGAAGAAGACACACACACAGAGGGAAGGAGAGCCAUCUGAAGACACAUCUACAAGCCAAGGAAUGUCUGGUACUACCAGAAACCUGGAGAGACAAGAAACAAUCUUCCUCUUGAGGAGAGAGGGAGAUCAUGGCCCUGCUGACAAAAAUAACUCCAAAAAAAUCUUGUACUUCACUUAGGAAUUCAGAAGUUGUACAGUACUUGGAGAGAUUAGUGUUCUGACCUGCCAGAGUAGAGGAACCAUGCUGAACAUCCAGCUACCCCAUCAAGACCCCAGCAUGACACACAUUAGGGGGAGAGCAAGCACUUCUGACACCCACUCUUACAGGAUCUAGCAGCUCUGACAGAAGAAAACUUUUUUUAAGCAAGACAGCAAAAAUUAGACUCUUAACAAUUUAACUUCCACAAUAUCCAACAAACAGUAAAAAAUUACUAGUAUGCAAAGAAGCAGAAAAAUGUGACCUAUAACGAGGGGCAGGGUGUCAAUAGAAGCUAUGAUUGGCAGUCACUAGGAUGACUCCAAGGACGUCUGCCUCCUGGUACUCACACUCUUGUGUAAUUCCUUUCCCACAAGUGUUCCCUGAAUGCGUGACUGGUUUGUAACCAAGAGGAUACAGUGAAAGUCAUGAGAUUUCACUUCCAAGAUUAGAUUCUAAGAAGACUGUGACUUCUGUCUUACAGUCUCUCUUACUCAUAUCUCUGGGGAGGGCAGCCUGCUAUACUGUGAGCAGUCCUAUGGAAAGGUACACUUGGCGUGCAACUGAUGUUUUGGCCAAAAUCCAGCAAGGAUCUGAGGCCUCCCACAGCCAUGUAGGUGAGCAUAGAUAUGGAUCCCAUCCUAGUCAAGCCUUGAGAUGACCACAGUCCCAACUGACACCUUGUUUGCAACCUCUUGGGACAUCCUGAACCACUCAGUUAAACCAUUCCUGAUUCCUGACUCACAGAAACGACGAGAUAAUAAACGUUUGUUGUUUUCAUCUUCUAGGUUUGGGGUAGUAUUUUAUACAGCAGUAGAUAAAAAUAGAGACCCAGAGAUGAUACAGAUGUUGUGAUUAGCAGACAAAUGUGUUUUCAUGAUUUAAAAGGGGAAGAAAUGGACAUAAGAAACAAAUGGAUAAUUUCAUCAGAGAAACGGAAAUCAUAAAAAGAACUAGAUGAAAAUUGUAGAAUGGAUAAAUACAAUAUCUGAAAUGAAAAAUUUACUGGAUAGGUUAUCAGUAGAUGGGACAGUAAAAUUGAAGACAAGACAUAGAAACUAUACAAACUGAUGCACGGAGUGGGGAGGGGACUGGAAAAAAUUAUCAGCCUCAUUGACGUAUGGGACAAUAUCAAGUUGUCUAACAUGUGUAAUUGGACUCUCAAAAGAAGAAGGGAGAUUUUAAUUAGAAAUUGCAUAUAGAAUAUGAAUUUUUAAAAGUGUUUCCCAGCUCUGCCUGCAGGGCCCAGAAGUAGUGACACCCCAGUAACACUUAACACAUCUAGCACUAAGAUCUUGGUUUCUAAAUACCUUUUCCCACCUAAAGCAGCCAGGACUUUUGGAGAAAUGACUGAUUCCAAGGCUAGAGCAGGGAGAGUACAGAGUGAACCUGGAACACCUGUUGUGUCAGAAAACAAGGAAGUACUUAAAGACUAGUGGGGCCCUGUCAAAAGAACACCAGAGCCAGCUCACAGGGGCUUAUGC